CAAGUCAUAAUAUUUGGGAUCAGAUCUCAAAAUGUCCAACUUAGAGACCCAAAAUCUCAUCGACUCAUCUAACCAUUCUUCAGCCACCACCGUCACCGCCUUCCAGCAUCACCCACAACCACCACCAUCCACCACCUCAAAGUUACUCCGCCCAAUAACAUCACUCAUACUCCAACCAUUACAAUGGCUAAAAAUGUUAUCUUCAGAACUCAACCCAUCAUUCAUCCUCGGAAUCUUCCUCGUUUAUGGCCUCAGCCAAGGCUUCUCAGCCUCCUUCUUCAAAGUUGUCACCGACUACUACUGGAAAGACGUCCAGAAAGUACAACCCUCGAAGGUACAAGUCUUCAUAGGAUUGUACCAUAUUCCAUGGGUCAUGAAGCCCAUAUGGGGUCUCAUGACCGAUGUCUUUCCGGUGAUGGGGUACAAGAGACGGCCAUACUUCAUUGUGGCGGGAGUGGUAGGGGUCGUGGCAGCAACCAUGGUGGCACACGGUGGUGCGAGGGUGGGAGUAGGUGCGGCGUUGUGGUGUUUGAUAGCGAUUGCAGGGGGAAUGGCGAUGGCGGAUGUGACCAUAGAUGCUUGCAUAGCGAGAAAUAGUAUAGAGAUGAAGGCAUUGGCUCCGGAUAUGCAGAGCCUCUGUGGGGUGUGCUCGUCGGUCGGUGCCCUCGUUGGUUACUCCACCAGUGGCUUCUUUGUUCAUCAUCUUGGCCCUCAGAUUGCUUUAGGACUUCUGGCAAUUCCAGCAGCAUCACAGAUAUUUUUGGGAUUUGUGAUCUAUGAAAAGAAGACAUUUAAUGAGACUUCUGCAAAUAAAAAACAGGCAAUAAUAGAGAAUUUAGGAGGAGCACUAAAAGGCAUGUAUGAAACCAUACAGUUCCCACAAGUCUGGAAGCCAUCUCUUUACAUGUACCUUUCCUUGGCUCUUAGUUUUAGUACACACGAAGGCCAGUUUUAUUGGUACACUGACCCUAAAGCUGGCCCUGCAUUCUCUCAGGAAUUGGUUGGAAUGGUACAUGCAAUUGGAGCAUUGGCUUCUAUUGUUGGAGUUUUGAUCUAUCACAAGCUCCUCAAAGACUACUCAUUUCGAAACCUACUCUUUUUUGCUCAAUUAGUAUACGGCCUCUCAGGGAUGCUUGACCUCAUGUUCAUCUUACGGUGGAACCUUGCUAUUGGGCUUCCCGACUACCUAUUUGUGGUCUUGGAAGAAUGUGUUUCCCGGAUAGUGAGCAGAGUCAGAUGGAUGCCAAUGAUCGUAUUGAGCACAACUUUAUGCCCAAUAGGUAUCGAGGGCACCUUUUUUGCAUUGUUAAUGAGCAUUGAUAGCCUCGGUUCAUUGUCUUCCAAAUGGGGAGGCGCGGUAAUUCUCCAUGUGUUUCAUGUCACGAGAACCGACUUUGCAAACCUAUGGCUCGUGAUUCUUAUUAGAAACUUUCUGAGGAUUGCAACAUUGAGUUUCAUAUUUCUUGUCCCAAAUACUGACCGUUUAGAGCCGGGAAGCAAAAGUACAGAUAUAGAAACUAAUGGUGACAAUCUACAAUUACUGCCCCUAAAGGAAAGAGACGAAGUUUGAUUGUAUAUUUAG